ACGUCGAGAGACUGAGAGAGGGCGAGAUACAAAGGGGGUGGAGGUGGUGAAGAAUAGACGGGAGUCGAUUGUCAGAGGGUGGUGGAAACGGGGAAGAGAAAGAUAAGGAAUACGAUGGGUGAAAGCUCACCCGAUCUCAGCCUACGGCUACGCCGUGGCAGCUCAGACUCCAGGGACUCGUUUUAUAUGGAUUUUGCACAGGGCAUUGAUUCAGACAUUGAGGAAGUGGCACGACCCGCUGACAACUCAGACCCACUUGCUGAGAAUAAUCUCGGGGACAAUGGAGUCGAUGUGGAUGAGAAUUUUCCACCACUGGACGAUGUCUGCGGUACAAUACCUGAAGAGGCAUCGGAGGAGUUGCGCGAAGAGGAAGAGGCAGAAGCCGCUGCCCUGGAGGCAGCCAGGGACAGCCCAGAUUCACCAGUAAUUGGUGCCAUUACGAGGAGGGCGCAAAAACCAAAUGAUUGGCCAGGUCUUCCAGGUGCCCUUCCAUCGCCAGCUUCCCCCACAGCAGUGAUCGUAUCCCCUGAGACCCUCUCUCGUCACAGCAGCAGUUCCCCAUCCCGAAAUAAUCGUCCAGUUGGUCAAUUUGCUUUGGCUAUUCCCUGCCCAGCGAGACCAAUACCAGCGGUAUGUUAUCCCGCGGCAACGUUUAUCGACGUUGUCGAGGAGCCAGUGAGCCGUCACUUGGGAGCGUAUGCAUUAGCGACGACACUGAGUGCCCUUUAUGGAAAGCUCCUCGUGGUGAUGGGAAUAGCAUUUCCCAUGGCCGAGGUGAUAUCCACGUACAUUCCCCCUUCAUUCUACGAAGGCUUCUACCUAUACCUCUAUUUCGGCAGUAUGUUUUUCCUCUUCAUCAUCUGGGCGAUGAUGCUGAAGGACGGCAAGCCCAAGUCCAAGAGCGAGCACAAGGACAUGAGUGAUUUGGACUCGAGUGGAUCGUCAAGUGGUGCUGGUGGUGACAGCGAUUCACCUGGAUAUUCACACUCAGAAGGCCAUCACAAUCAGCACUACGGUAGUUUCUACCUACGAGUGGGUGCUGUGGCAUUUGGAAUCGGUUCAAUGAUUUACUCUGGCCUCGAGUUUGGUCAGUACUUUGAACUAGAGCAGAACACAAAGUGCCACAACAUCAUGCUGGCAUUAACACCAGCAACACGAAUGGCGUUUAUCUUCAUCCAGAUGUACUUCAUCUUCUUGAACAAUGAGCAAAUGAAGGUGUCUACGCAUCGUGUAGUUGCGCGAUUCGGGCUGAUGCAUAUGAUCGGUACUAAUUUGUCGGUUUGGCUGAAUGUACUGGUGCAGGAGACUAAACAUGAAAUCCUAACGUUCUACAAUCCCGAGAAUAAUUCAUUGAGAAUUUCUCAUCGUCUCGGUGGUAAAAUCCACUUUGCUGGGCAUUUACAUGGCCACGAAAUUCAAUCGAGCGAUCACGUCUCUCACGUUCGACUGCCACGUGGUUUGAAGGGCCCUCACCACAUGUUCGAGUGCAGACGAACUAACAUAAUUGGCUCUCUCGUUCAGGACGCAAGCCCCUUCCUCUUUCCCUGUACAAUCGAGUACAGCCUCAUCUGCGCAGCUAUUCUCUACGUCAUGUGGAAGAACAUAUCAAAAGUUGGACCAUCAGUACCCACAACACCACCAGGAAGUCGUCACCAGGCGCAUGCUUACAGAAGAUCACCUCAUCACUACAGCGUCGAUUGUGCAGGUGCACACAAAGGCCUCUUCAUUGGUAUUCUCAUUCUUGUCCUCACCAUCAUCUGUCUGAUCCUCUUCUUCGUUCUCAUAUCAAGACCCGAGCUCGUCAAUCUCGCUGUCACCGAGGUCAACAUCUGCGAAUUAACGCUCUACGGAAUGUCCACCCUGGCAACACUAAUCGGAAUGCUGAGAAUGAGAAAGCUGAGGUACGAUGGCAGCAGAAAUCUGGAGCUCGACAAUAUUUUACUCGUUGCAGCGCAGACCGGAAUGUUCAUUUACUCGACAUUCACAAUAAUUGGUGGACAUUUCACUCUCGAGAGGCACACCAUUCUGGUUCUCAUCACGGCGUUGGCCAGUGUUGUACAGACAACCUGUCAAACAAUCUUUAUUCUAGACUCAUCGAGAAGAUCGGUCUCAACGUCCGAACAGAUUCGUCACAAGCCUGGCCGUGAGAUCGUCACCUUUCUUCUCGUUACCAAUUUGGCAAUGUGGGCUAUUAACACUUUGGAAAAAUCCAGGGCAGAGUCGCAUCCUGUUCAGUUGCAUUUCUAUGGGCUCUGGGCUUGGACCAUAAUCACUCAUGUAUCUAUGCCUCUGGCAAUAUUUUACAGAUUUCACAGCACAGUCUGCCUGUGCGAGGUGUGGAAGAGGGCUUACAAAGUCAAACCGACAUACAUGUGACGCAGGCGAUCAUGUGGGACUAAGAAGAGGUGCAUUGACCACAAGCGUCACAAGAUUGUCCCCAGACUCGACAUCAUCACCGAGAAUGAUCCGACUUAUUUCAUGUGAUUUACGCGUUAUUACUACGGUGAUUACUAGGUUACUGUUUGUUCUAUUGUCUCAGGAAGUAUUCAUUGACUCUCCAUUUCAUGUACCGAGGCAUCUAGCCAUGCAAAUACCGAGAAACAAUUAAUUUUUCAUUCUAAUAAAGAUGGAAUGAGGAAACUUUCUUUUCGAAAAUGUAUUCAUUAAUUUGGAGUCAUUAAAACUGCUGGAAUUAUUGCUGCGGGUCGAGUGGAAAUUAUGGUAGAGUUUAAGAACUUUUCGAGUUCAGGUGGUGCUGAACAAAUUUCAGAUGAGUGAUUCAAUGAAAUUCAUGCACAAUCAAUUAGUGGAAUUCAUCGUGAUGAGUUAGAGCCCGUUUUACCGUUCGAUAUUAGCUAUUUCCGGUUUGAUAUAAAGCGGAUACUAAAUACAUACGCCAAACGACGUUCGUCCGCGCAACGCCAUCCCACUUAAGUCCAAUUGAAACGAUACGAAUAUAUAAUAUGUGUAAUAAACGUGCACUCUAGACGUGUCUAUGUAGAUUUUUUUUUUUUUUGGUUCACCGUCAGGUUGUACUGUGGUGUAGAUCAUUAGAGCAUCAAUUUUGGUUUCAAGAGGUGAUACGCAGCUGAUACUAUCACGUGCUUCACACUCGCAUGCAUUAAAAAUCGUAGACACUUCAGGGGAAUUGAAAAAUCCCAUUAGAUUAAAAUUUUUGAUAUACCGGGAGACUAAACAGGGAUUGGUAUUCGUAGAAUUAGAUUAUCUUCAUAUCACGUACAUGGAACAAAUAAAUGGGAUCAAUUUGAUUCGAGACUGAACUAUCAUGCUCAAUUUAAUCUUGGGGUGAAUGAUAAAGUGUAUGAUGAUGAACAGACAUUUUUCAUUGAGAGUUCUCCAUUCACGGAGGGAGGAAAUUGUUUUGCGGUUGCCCUGAUACCUCUGGUACCCCUGAUACCUCUGGUACCCCUGGUACCCCUGGUACCCCUAUGUUUCUAAAAAAUUAAUCCCCAUCGUCACUCGAUCGAACACUCUGACACGCGGUUAAAACGGGAAAUAUAAAUUGAUUGGUUGAAUCGAUAAUUCUGUAAUAUAGUUUUGAAUGACUCAAUGAUGGAGUAAUUAGAUUUUUUUUUUUCUAAUUGUAAAUACUCGCAACAAUCCAGCUCGAUGUUUUACUAGACUAGAGAGAAAAUCUUCCUCGCGUAAUGUAUAAGUAUAUUACAUUAUAAAUAAGAUGCUAUUAUAUUAUAGAUAUAUUAUAUAUACAUUUAUAUACGAGAUUUAUAUAUUUAUUAUUGCGUUAUACAAUUAUAUGAUAUUUAUUGCCAACUCAUAAUACGCACGAGACGAUAAAUAAAGUGAAACGUUGACGAUUGUUGAGAUUUGCAUCGGGAUGGCCGUUUUUUUAUGUAAAAAAAUGAAUUUGUUUCGAUAGAUAUAGAUUAAAGAGUUUUUUAAUUGUUGCUUGGCGGGCUUCGACUCGUUUUUAAUGAAUCAUGAGAACCGAGGCUCGUCUGACUCUCGAUGGGAGUCUCAACGUCUCCCUGUGUAUCUCCUAUCAAAUUAUUUCUUCCGUUCAAUAUGAUCAUACGUCAUUAAGAAAAAUUGCUGUAACAUUUUUCAUGUCCGCAUAACUCUAGUUCCUAGUGCGAUGUUUGUACUCUUAUACCCUUUAUACUAUUUGUACCUUGCGAAAAAUGAGACAAUUAUGCAAUACAC